UUAAUUUUCUCCAGCUGGUAAGUUUUUGUAUGUAUUUUGUCAGUUUCAUAGUAUAUUUACGGGGUGUGGUCUUUGUUAUUUUCGUUGUAUAAAUGAAUAUGUCUAUAGGUAAUUAUUGUUUCAGUGCGGGGAUAGUUAUAUCGUUAAGGCCAGUGGGUCAGUGGUGAAACGUCAGUGAAGGCUUGGCGUAGCAUAUGUUGGGCAGGACUAGGACCGAGUACUAUUAACGGAGCAGCGCGUGACGCAAUUGGGACGCACGGGAGCUCGUUUUUGAACGUUUAUUGUCAGGAGGCCCUGUGUGGAUAGUUUUUCAGUGAGAGACCUUCGAGUCCGGGACUGGAGACAGGAAAUCCACCUACGACUUCUUUGUCGUGCAGGAGGAAGGGAAGGAGAGGAAGUUCCUGUCGAGGACUGGAAAGGAAUUCUCCCGUUUUCUAACUACGCUUCUCAACCUAAAAAACCUAAAAACCGGUAGUAAGAUGAUAAUAUCCACUAAGAAAAAGUUCUCUAAGCUUCCGGGUGAAGUGCUUAAGACUGCUGAAGACUCGUUCUAUGCAACACAGUUCAACUUCACAAUGAGAAGAGGAACCAUUCUCAAACAGCUCCCAAACACUGACAAAGAUGUUCUCAUAAAGAAAUGGGAAGAGGACAUCAGACUGUUCCUUUCUCCUGAAGCCAUUUCUGUUGGAGAUGCUCUGGAAUUGCAAGAAGGGUCCAGAGUUACUGUUAGAUGUACAGUUAAAGAGAAUUUUUUGGCCCAUGUUCAUAUGCACUAAAUAACCAGAAAAUGAAUUUUUUUUAUAUCAUGUCUAUGAUAACUGUAUAGAUGCACCUAUACCUGACUUGAGUCUAAAAACAAAUAUCAAUGGUGUAUGAAUGAACCAUAACAGGAAAUCAUAGACAAUUAUAAAAUGCCAUAGCCGACAUGAUGUACUAUUGUUUAUAUUUCAACAAAUUUGAUUCAGACGAAAUAUAAGGAAAUUUUACUUUAUAGGCUGUACUUUAUUAACCAGUACUUUUCGCUUUUUUGCCAACCUUGAAUUGAACGACUUAAUACUAAUUGAUGUUAUCCUUUGAUUUGGCAAUUAACAAGUAUCCAACGUCUUUUCAAAUUUGGAAUAUACUAUCACACAACAUAUAAUUGCCGAAAUUGUUAGAUCGACACUGACAAGUGACGCAGCUAACCGAUAUAUAAAUGCUUUAACUGCACAAAUAAGUAGACCAAAAAGCAACCUUUUCUUUCAUCACUACACGCUACAGUUUAUACUUUAACUGAUGAUCUUUGUCUCUUAGAGCGACUUCGGUUCAUACUCGAGUACGCACUCGAGUAGGUCAUCACAUGACCGGAUGUUUACAGCUACACGUGGUUUUCAACCGAACUAACAGCUGACUACUAGAGUUACACGAGUAGUGUACUGUCAUGGCUACCUUAGGUGUGCUAUAUAUUAUUCUGGAGAAUUUUUUUGACGAUGACCAUGACAUUGUACACUUUUGGAGUCUCAGAAAUUCGACAAUAGGGCAUCUUAUUGCCCAGAGUCAGUUUGCUUCCAGGCGACCAUAUUUGCCUCGGAUAACAGGGUUUGCCGAAGAUAUUAUUAUACCCCAGUUUAAUUCAUGCGACUUUAAAUACCACUUUCGCCUAAGCAGAGAGAUGUUCGAGGAAAUCCUUGUUCACAUUGGACACAGGCUAGCUUCAGAUCACUGUGGAGGACUGGUCGAGACAGAACCUACCAAACAGCUGCUAAUAUUUGCAUGUUACAUGGCUAACACCGAGUCCAUGAGAGAAGUUAGCCUGUGCUUCAAUGUUGGUCUUGCAACUGUGCAUAGAAUUAUUGGGAGAACCUGCAGAAUCAUAAUUGAGUGUCUUGCUAAUGUAAUCAGAUGGCCAAGUUCUGCUGAGCAACAAGUCAUUGCUACAAGGUUUCAGCUGAACUACAUGUUUCCUCACACAGUUGGUGUCCUUGACGGAACACAUAUUCGCCUAUCUUCCUGCCCUGGAGGAGAUCCCGAUUACAUAAACAGAAAAUCGUUUCCCUCUAUGCAGCUUCAGGUUGUGUGCGACGACACCCUUCUUCUAACUAACAUCUACACUGGGUGGCCUGGAAGUACCCAUGAUGCAAGAGUAUUGCGGAAUUCCGAGCUGUUUACCAGAGCUGAAGCUGGCAGCUGUAUUGACCCCGAUAAACUCAUCAUAGGUGAUAGUGCAUAUCCGCUAAAGCCAUGGCUUGUAACCCCAUUCAGGGAUAAUGGCAGACUGAAUUUACAACAAAGACGCUUCAACCGUGUAUUAUCGUCAGGACGACAGGUUGUAGAGCGUUGUAUAGGACAUCUUAAAGGGCGAUUUCGUCGUUCGCGAGAAAUACCUGUUCAUAAACCUGAAGAUAUUGUUUCUAUCAUAGUUUCAGGAUGCAUCUUGCACAACCUGUGCAUUAUACACAAGGAUGAUGUAGAAAAUUUCAUUGAGGAAGAUGGAAACGGUCAUCCAAACAAUUAUCCAAACUUAUUUAGAAAUGAUGUGAAUGGGAUUAACAGAAGACUACAAAUUAUGGCAGGACUACCAUAAGUGUAUUUGAUGAAACAGUCUCUCUCAAACGCUGGAACUGACAGUUGCAUUCAUACCAUUACUUUAAA